AUGGCGGGCGCCGGCCCGAAGAGCGUGGUGCUGAUCCGCCACGGCCAGUCAGCCGCGCAGCUGUACAGCCGGUCGCAGCGCUGGGACCACACGCUGACGGAGCUCCGCGACCCGUACCUGUCCGAGGAGGGCGCGGCGCAGGCGGCGGAUCUAGGCCGCUGGCGGCGGGGCACGCUGGUGUUUUUUGUGGGGGGGCACGGGCCGUGGGCGGUAUUUUCUCUGAGGUCGGCCAGGGGUGGUGCCGCUCCGGGCCCCGCCCCCUGCCAGCUGGACGCACCUAGGCCCUAUCCUUCUGUGCGGCAUCACCUUGCCCGGGGUGUCGAUCUCGAGGCUCCCCUCCGCUUCUGA